UUCAUAAUGUCACCAGUCUACUGAUUAUGGUGGACGUGGCCUAGGUGGUGAAUAUUUUUUGUUGUAUUAUGUUUUCAUCAUCGUCAUAAUAUAAUAAGGAAAUGUCUGAAGCGAUUGUGCCCAAGGGUCAGCCGACUCCCGGCGGCGACCCUGAAAAGAAGGGGUGGUUGUUCAAGUGGACAAAUUACUUAAAAGGUUAUCAGCGAAGAUGGUUCGUGUUAUCGAAUGGAUUGUUAUCUUACUACAGAAAUCAAGCAGAGAUGGCGCAUACAUGCCGAGGCACCAUCUCUCUCCUCGGAGCCCUGAUCCACACGGCGGACUCUUGCACAUUCGUGAUCAGCAAUGGCGGCACGCAGACCUUCCACAUCAGGGCGCAUGACGAGGUGGAGCGGCAAAGCUGGGUCACCGCGCUGGAGCUGGCUAAAGCCAAGGCCAUAAGAGCACAAGAGUCAGACGAUGACGAGUCGGACGGCGGGGCGGCGGUCUGCGCUGAAGGCGAGAGCGAAGACGCGGGUGGCAUCGCGCGCGAACUAGCUGCCAGAUUCCACGAUCUCCGCACAUGCUCGGAGCUGGUGGCGCGGCACGGUGCAGCCCUCCAGCGGUCUCUAGUGGACCUGGAGAUCCCACCUUCAGACACCACCAAGCAGGUGUCCGAGCGAGCCACGCUCUUCCGGAUAUCCUGCAACGCCAUGAUGAACGCAUGUUCAGAAUUCAUGAGCGCAGCGGCGGCUUCAAGCGCGCGAAUGUCGCGCGCUCUACAACACGAGCGAGAUCAGAAGAUGCGGCUCCAAGAGGCGGUAGAGCAACUUGCUAGACAGCACGACAACUUGGAGAAGGCCGUCUCUCAUCGCACAGGGGGUAACGGCACAGGACAGGGCAAUGAAACAGAGGAUGAAGACCAUGAAUUCUUCGAUGCCAUGGAAGAUGGUGUCAGCUCCACGGACGACAAAGCACACAAUUCAUUUGUAAUGAAAGUACCUGUAAACAGAAAAAACAAAGUAAAAAGCGGAGAAAGCUCUGAUGACUCGGAGCCUGAGAUUGUAACAGAGACACAGCAGGUUUACUUCGUGGAGGAGCGACCAGAGAGCUCCAUGGGAGGCGUGGACGCCGCUGCACCCACCAGCAAACCGCCGGCGGACUCCAAGAGCAUGGACAUCACAGUCUGGCCGCACGUGUCGCAGGUGGUGUCGAUGGUGGACGGGCACCCGCGGCGCACCCGCGUGCCCGACAAGCCCAACUACCCGCUCAGUCUCUGGUCCAUCAUGAAGAACUGCAUAGGCAAAGAAUUAUCAAAGAUCCCGAUCCCUGUGAACUUCAGCGAGCCGCUGUCGAUGCUGCAGCGGCUCGCGGAGGACUACGAGUACUCGUCCGUGCUCGACGAGGCGGCGCGGUUCAACGACCCCGCGCAGCAGCUCGCCUACGUGGCCGCCUUCACCGUGUCCGCGUACGCCACCACGGCCUGCAGAACGAAUAAACCGUUCAACCCGCUGCUCGGCGAGACGUACGAGUGCGACAGAAUGUCAGACCUCGGCUGGCGGUGUAUCUCAGAACAGGUGUCGCACCACCCGCCCAUGGUGGCGCAGCACUGCGAGGGCGCGGCGGGCUGGCAGUGCUGGCAGGAGUUCACCAUGACCACCAAGUUCCGCGGGAAGUACCUGCAGGUGGUGCCGCUCGGCGCCGCCUCCGCCUGCUUCCCCAGCCAGGGCAACAAGUACACCUGGAGGAAGGUGACGACAACAGUCCACAACAUAAUCGUAGGCAAGCUGUGGGUGGACAACCACGGCGACAUGGACAUCAUCGGCGAGGCGGGCGCCGCGGCCGGCUACGUGGCGCACCUCAAGUACCAGCCCUACGGCUACUUCAGCAAGGACACGCAGCGGAAGGUCACCGGCGUCAUCAAGGACCCCAACGGCGUGCCCCGCUACGUACUACAAGGGCACUGGGACAGCCGGGUGGAGGUGGCGCCGGUGACGAGCGCGUCGCCCGACAACACGGUCUGCAAGACCGGCAAGUUCACCGUAGCCUGGCAGCGCGUCGACGCGCCGCCCGACUCCGACAAAUGGUACAACUUCACGCUGCUGGCCGCGCAGCUCAACGAGCCGGAGCCCGGCGUGGCGCCCACCGACUCGCGGCUGCGCCCCGACCAGCGCCUCAUGGAGGAGGGGCUCUGGGACGAGGCCAACGCGGAGAAGUUGCGGCUGGAAGAGAAGCAGCGCGCCAAGCGGCGCGAGCUGGAGGCGGCGGCCGAGGCGGCGGCGGCGCGCGGGCUGCCCGCCCCUCCCCCCCCCCCGCGGCCGCUGUGGUUCACGCGCGAGGCGGCGGCGCCCGGCGAGCCGCACCUGCGCCACCUCUACAACAACACCUACUGGGAGUGCAAGCAGAAGCAGGACUGGGCGCGCUGCCCCGACAUCUUCUAGCCGGCCCGCCAGCCGCCGGGCCACGCAUCGAGGCGCCCGCCGAUAUAAACACGGAUGAUCGAACAGAUACCCUUCUCUGUUAUCGAGAUCUUAAGAUGUCAUUGAAAUCCUCGUCCGUGUAGUAUCUCCUGCCGAUGCUACAGAUGUUCACGAGUUCAUAAAGUGUUUAGAAUUUAGUAUUGGCAAAAUUAAAUUAUAAUGGAUCCGUGUUUGGUUUGGUUACGAUUGAGUCGAACGGUCCGAUCUCCUGCAUAAAAAUAUGAAUACGUUCAACUUCUACGCUAAAAAAACGAAAAUUUAUCUGCAAAAAUAGUAUGUACGUAAUCGUAUGAACUCGUGAACAUAUGUAACUACAUAACUUGUGUUUUACGGUGACGGAAGUAGCCCCGUUGUCAGCAGCCCCGGACGGUGAAAUCGCGUUACCGCGACGUCCCCCGCUCGUUGUCCCGAGUAUGAACACGUACAGUUCUGUUCAAGUCCUGCCAACGUGCAGUUAAUGGUCGUCGAAUUUUAACUCCCUCCCUCGUCUUAAGCUUACUCGAUGAGACGCGCCGAAGUGCGCCGUAUCUAUAUCCGCCUCGUUUCCGUGCGAAUUUCGUUUUUGCAUUUGUCGCCGAACGACGGAUCCCCCUUUUAAAAUAUUUUAAUAAAAAUAGAACUGUGUCGAUAUUGACGAUAUCUUAGCGUGUACGAUUAAAUAAAUAACUCACCGCGUGCGUUUCUUACAUAAAAUUUUGUCUCAUUCCAUAACACGAGUCUGUGGUUGUUUUUUUAUUUAUUGUUAUGUGUCGAAAUUUUAAGUUGUUUUGAUUUCAAUCGAUGUGUAAAUACAUUAUUUAUAGACGUUGCGACUUACCUAAUAUCCGCAGACUGCUGAGGCCUAAUUAAUAUGUUUUUGUAUAUUCUUGGCCGCUUAUCUAGAAUCUAGAUUCAAGACGACUCGCACUCUCGACUCGACGUUAAAUACUGUUAAAAAAUCCUUAAACUCUGUUAAAAGUUGAGUCUAUCCUUUAGAUAGAGUUUAGAUAAGCGAUUUUAACUUUUUAUAUUUCGGCCGCCCUAACGAAAAGCAAAAUAAAUGACCAAACUUUUUGAUGAUGUUUUUCGAUUGUAUGACAUCUACAACUGAAUUUUAAACUAAACUAAGAUGUUUUCAAUUAGUUUUGUUUUUGGCCGGGGCGGCGUCCACUGCCGUGCGGCCGUGUACCGCACGAGACACACAACGAAGUCUUCACAUUAUAUUACGUGAUUUUAAGGAAAUAUUUUGCUCUCGACUAAUUCUUUAAAAACUCAAGUGCUUUCUAGUAUAAUGAAGUAAAUAUUGAUACAUUGUUUGCUUGUUAAUAUUCAUGAAGACUGGUGAUAAGAGUUUAAUGUAUUGUAAGGUCAGAUUUACACCUGCGUGGUUUUAAUGUCUUCAGUUACUUGUCCCGUUUCAUUUUCCGUCGAUAUCUUGUAAUUUUAUCUUACUUAUAUACAGUUAGCAUAAUAGUAUGGCGACAGUCACAUAGUAGAGGAGUCAAGCUUCACCACUCUGCACUGAAUAAUUGGAAGACGUGUGCAAUGAAUGUAGUGGGCAUUAAAUCUAUCUCUUCGUCCCAAUAGAAAAUACUUGUCAAAACUGAAUGCCUUAUCAUAGAUGAAAUAGGCGAUAUCUAUGUAAGUGUUGAACGAACACGAGAUUUAAUAUCAAAGCAUAUUCCAGUAUCGAUCUGACGUAGGUAAACUGUCGGAUGUGCUCUUGACGCCAUCGCGUGAUGGUCUAGGAUAUUUUGUAAGAACUAUUACAAAUUGUACAUUGUCAAGUGGAUGUAAGAUAAUUUGUUAAUAUUUUUAUUAUAAUAGAAUGAUAUUUGAAUACAAAGCCAUAACAUCUGUAUCAUGUUGAAUAUAAAAUAAAUUAUAUAAUGUC